AGCAAUUCCUUGUCUCUUCAGCAUUCUGCUAUCGACGAAAAGAAAUUCCAUGUAGGAUCCACUAAACAAAAAAGUGAGCUAUCGGCUAUCAGUUAUCCCGACAACAACAAUCUGGUGUCCAUUACGAGAGUUCAUGUUUGUAGUAGUAACAGUGCGGGCAAUGAGAGAUUGUGGCCGCAGACUCUGGUGUCAUGACAACCAGCAGUUGCACGACAACCGACCGUGACCCCCACGACCGGAGCGGACCUCCGGGCUCUCAGCGGACCGGCACCCACGGCUGUCCUGUGCACGGAUGUCUGCAGCCUCAAACGCAUCCAAACAUAGAAGUGUCGCUGAUAGCUCCGAGCAGCAGGAAUGUCAAGAAAAAAUAAAGUUGUUGCAGACGAGACACCGCGUGGGCAAAGGAUUAUUUUUACAGGCCCAGAUGGAAUUGGAGACUACCGGCCGAGAUCAUAUGAUUUCCCCCACCACAUUGGCGUGGGCAACCCGUCACCUGAGAGCACAGGUGAUCUGGGUUACCUGUCUCGGGCCGCACCCGGCGCCCCCCCACUCUUGCCCAAGCAGAGCUACGUGGGGGGCAUCGGCUGGGCCUGGCAGUAUAGCCAGCUGUUGAACAGUGGGGCACUGCUCAGCGAUAUGCAAAUUAAGAAAAGUGAGCUGCGGACGGCACUGGAGGACAGCGUGACUCACAGGUUCCAAAAUCCAGAGCAGGCAGUGCCUCAAGCCCCAGAUAAGCAAUCUGCCAGCCAGUCACGAACCCACAUCAAUGACACUGAUAGUACUGACAAAAGAAAACACUCUGCAGGAAACAGUGUGAUGGAUGCCUCACAACACGUCAGCACCGGGUUUCAGAGAGACGGUGAGAGCUAACAGCAGAUGGCAUAACGCCACCCACGGCAUCAGGAGGACCUGACUGUUAAUGAGCUGUGUCAAGUUUCA